AUGUCCUACCUGGAAGCUUCACCUCAGUCCGAAAGCACAAGGCGAGGCGCAAGAAGAAGGGGUGCCGAUUCCUCCACGGUGCCUAGCGACAGCGAGCAACAGUCUGCUGCUGACGACGCCCUCUGGAACGAGCAUGAUUCCAGCUUCACAGAGCCCAAUCUAUUACCAUCCUCUUGUUUCCAUCGUGCUGGACAACUCCCAGACCUACAGCAUCUGGCCGUGGCCGUUCCUGAGCUCGACGGCGACAGUCGCUCGGCGCUCCUCCAGACCCUGUGGUUCCCCAUGGUGCUCAGUUCGCCAAUCGUCUUCCAAGUCAUCGUACUAUUCUCGGCGUCCCACUAUGCGUCACAGCGUCAUGACUUGACUCUGGCCGAGACAAUCCUCUCACUCAAACAGUGCGCGCUCUCCGGCAUUGCGCGGGCUCUUUCUUCCGACUCCCGAGGCAUGGUCUUCCGCGACGAGAUGAUUUCGGCGGUCGCCAAGAUGGCCAGCUACGAAGCGAUUUUCGGGGAAGAGAGCGCGUAUCACUGUCAUAUGAAGGCGGUGGAACAGAUGUUGAAACUGAGAGGCGGGCUGACAACCCUUGGACUGGAAGGAUUCCUGUCGCGGCUGCUGGUUUUCAUCGACACUAACUCGGCAUUCCUGCUCAACACCCACUUACACUUCAGGGGUUCGUCAUUUCCGAAGCUGGCGAACCCUUUUAUCAUGCCGAAUCCCAGCCGAUUCGUUGGAGAGGUUUGA